AUGCAGGUUCCAGACUUCAAGAACAAACGCCUUCCUUUGGUCAGUGCUAUAAACAGAUUUCUCACAUCUGUCACCGUCAUGAGUGGAACUAUCAUGCUCCCAAGUUUACUCCGGGAUCUCCCAGUGGAAGAUGGAGAUAAUCACAUGAAAAGCAGUGUUUCUGAACAGAAAGACAUGUAUGAUAACUACCUGCUCCUGAAGUCUAUCAGAAAUCACAUUGAGUGGGGUAUUCAGGAUGAACAAGUAAAAUCUGAUCUAGAGUCCAUAAAAGCCAGAGAAGAAGGUGAUGAUUGUGGAGAACUUCAAAGACAAUUUCAUCACCAUUUAGAUGGACUUUACAAUGUCCUAUCCAAGCUUACACAGCAAGCUAAUCGUGUAACCAACAGGUAUACAAAGGAACUGGAAACUUAUGACUUGGGGAGAUAAAAGGUAUACUUUACUGAUUAUAGAUAACAUGGAAUGAAAAUUGAAAUUGCUGUCUUAGUGUCUUUAAUCUGACUUUGUGAUU